CUGAGUGGCAGGAAGCAUCGCAGUGUCCACUCAAUUAUCUCUAGUUUUAUAUCAAAAAAUAAAAGUGAAAAUGAGAUCUGCUGUGUUAACAUCGAUUUUCGCCAUUUUGGCGGUAAAUGCUUCCCUAGUCCUCGGUUGGGGUUACAGAGCCUCUGACCAGAGGCGCUGGGCCGUUCUCCACCCCGCCUGUGGAGGUCGGCAACAAUCCCCCAUCGCCAUUGCUGCUCGCCAGGCUAUCCCCAUCUCAAUCCCCGCCAUGGAAUUGAUCGGCUACCAGAACCCUCUGCCUGGUCCUCUUACGAUCACCAACAACGGACAUUCAGUCGCCCUCACCAUUCCCAAGUACAGUUCUGAAGAAGAAAAGAAAGGAUUCCGUCUUCCCUUCAUCUUCGGAGGCCCCUUGGACAAUGAGUACGAGAUUGAAGGCCUGCACUUCCACUGGGGAGACAAGAACAACCGAGGUUCCGAACAUACUCUUAACGAUAUGCGAUUGCCUUUGGAAAUGCAUAUCAUCCACAGGAAUAAGAAGUAUAGGAACCUCGCUGAAGCCCUGCAGCACCCUGAUGGUCUUUGCGUGCUUGCGUUCUUCUACCAAGUUGUAGAAUUCGACGCCAAGCUCCUGACUCCUAUCGUCAAGAACCUGUCAGCCAUUGAGAACUACAACACCUCCAUGCAACUGCCCCACACCUUCUCCCUGUCUUCCAUCCUCUCUGGAUUGGAUACCGAACGUUUCUACACCUACAAGGGAUCCCUGACCACCCCCCCUUGCGCCGAAGCCGUCACAUGGGUCGUCUUCUCUGACUACCUUCCAAUCUCCGUUUUCCAGAUGGACAACUUCCGCGGUCUCCUGUCCAACCUGAACCUGCCCCUCGUUGACAACUUCAGACAGCUGCAACCCCUGUUCGGCCGGCGCAUAUUCGUUCGUAUCACUUCCAAGAACCCCAAGUUCAAGAAGACCAAGCUCCACUACUCCAAAUGGGACUGGGUUGGCCACAAGAAGGCCGAGAAUGACGUUGCUGAGUUCGACGAAUAAAUCACCAAAGAUUUAACGACCUGUAACAACACUAACCAAUAACCAAUCACCCAAACCUUCAUUACGGGUAUAUAGCUCAUUUUUGAUACCAAAUAAGCAACCAAUUUGUUACCAUUUUGUAUUUUUAUAAUCAUAUGGUUGUGUGCACUGUAUUAUAUUGUAUAUUUGUGUGAAUAG